AGAAAUCUUUCACCUGAGGAAAAACCUUUGCGGUAAUAAACUUUUUGCAAAAUCCAUUCAUAGUAGAGAAGAACUACUGUCAACUAUGAUCAGGUUGCUGUUCUUCAGUAUUGUGGUGAAGUUUCUUUUGCUAGCUACUUUAGCAGCUGGCGAAACGGAUGAUUACCAGUGUUCUGGAUAUCAUGAGUACGACGCUUCUCGUAAAGGAAAUUUGUCUAGUCCUCUGUAUGGUCAGAGGGCGCAGUACCCACCCAAUCUCUUCUGUCAGUAUAAAAUAAAGGCUCCAGUUGGACACAGGAUCAAAGUGACCUUCAAAGAUUUUGACCUGGAUCUGUCAUCCAGAUGUACGCAAGACCAGCUUGUCAUCUAUGGGAAAAACUAUCGUGGUGUCCUGGGUACUUUCUGUGGGCAUGAGCUCCCAAGACCGAUUCUUUCGAUCGAUAACGAAAUUAAUCUCGUUUUCAAGACCGAUUUCAUACAAGGAGGGAAAGGAUAUCUUUUAGAAUACGAAUCGGGUCCUAAUAUGCAACUCUGCAAACCUGGCACUAAAGUGUGUCGCAAUCGUAAUUGCUACAACCCUAGCAAAGUAUGCGAUGGGGUGGAUGAUUGUGGAGACGGUACGGAUGAAGAAGGCUGUAAUCAUCAACUGGUGGUCACACCCAGCGACUGUGGAACCCCCAAAAUAUCUCCAAACACCCGCCAAGGCACAGACCGGAUGGUGGGUGGUGAGGAGGCCGUCCCUAACAGCUGGCCUUGGCAAGUGUCCCUGCAAACGGCCACUGUGGAGCCGAAUGGGCACUUCUGUGGCGGAACGCUCAUCAAUACAUUAUGGGUACUCACAGCUACGCAUUGCGUUGUUGGGAAAGCUAACCCAGGAGAUAUCAAGAUAGUUCUCGGAUCCCACGGGAAAUUCACAAAAACUCCAUACCAGCAAGUUCGAAUGAGUGCCAAAGUGAUCUCCUAUCCUGAGCUUUUAGGAGCUGAUAUACAAAAUUAUAAGUUGCUGGAUGACGUCAGUCUUAUUAGACUAAAUGCGCCUGUCCAGCUGAACGCAGGAGUUCAUCCGGCGUGCUUGCCCACUUUCGGCCAUAAUCCUCUGCCUGGCUGGCAUUGUUACGCAACUGGCUGGGGAGAAACUAGAGGAACUGGAUCCUCGCACGCGUUAAAGCAAACGUUACAAAUUGCUCAACCUCGGGAGAAAUGUCAGGUCAGCAAUGAACUAAGUCAGGUGUGCGUCGGAAAUACUGGAUUGUCUGCUUGCCAUGGUGACAGUGGGGGACCGUUGCAGUGCCAAAUUUCAGACAGAUGGUUCGUGAUGGGAGCUGCUAGCUACGUCACCACCUCCGAUUUGAAUAACCGAGGUCUCUGUGCUGGACCUGGGGCUCACACAGUUUACGCUACCACCGCUCUCAAAUUAGACUGGAUCAAGAGGAUUAUUAAUAAAUAUACAUAAAUAAAUCUAUAUUAGAUAAUAUCUAAUAUUCUGUGUGUCAA